UGCUAGACCAGUUGGUUGGGUUGUUUUCCGCCUUUUGGAAUACGGAUUCAAAGUCUUUGCGAAUUACGAGAAAAGUGCAUCGUGCUGCGUUAAGUUUAACCGCAUUGUUCUGGCUUGUUGCUUACAAAACAACCGAAAAUCAACGGAGGAACUGUUUGGCACUCGUGAGAUGGGCUGUUGCUGAUUGGAGCUGCACGUAAUAUAAGCGAACGAAGCGUCAAAACGGUAACUUCCCUUGGAUGAUGGUACUGCCUAACAUUCUGGUAACGGGUACCCCAGGCGCAGGAAAAUCGGAACUAUGUCAGCAGCUAACCAAAACGCUCGGCUUCCAGUGGCAAAACGUAAGCGAAAUCGUGAGUGUAAACAAAUUUGUUGAGGAGUACGACGAGGAAUUCGAAUGUCCGGUAUUGGAUGAGGACCGAUUGCUGGACUAUCUAGAACCACUGAUGAAACAGGGCGGUUGUGUGGUAGAAUACCACAGUUCUGACUUUUUCCCGGAGCGCUGGUUUGCGGCCGUGUUUGUCGUACGUUGUUCUACCGCUCUAUUGUACGAUCGGUUGCAGGCGCGUGAGUACAACGAUCGCAAGAUUAAAUCGAACAUGGAGUGCGAAAUUUUCCAGAUUCCACUGGAUGAAGCUAGGGACGCCUAUCGGAAAGAUAUAGUUUUCGAGCUAACGAGCGACACAAAGCAGGACUUAGACGCUAAUGUGGAGCGCGUGCGCGACUGGUUAGAACAGUGGAAGUCGUUAUUAAAUAAAUCGUAAAUUUCGAUCAUUUGGUA